AAAACAUUCUCAAUUACAGCAACUCACCAACAUUCAUCUCAUUUCACAACUUCGACUCUAAGCAUUCUUUAAACUUCAAUCCAACUUCACCUUCAACAAGCCAUUUAGAUCCGAUCAAGAUGAGGUUUCUUUGUCUCCACGGCUACGCCUUCAGUGUGGAGGUUCUCCAACAACAGAUGGAGCCCAUCACUGCUCAUCUGCCAAGUGACUGGGAGUAUGAGUUCCUCGAGGCGGGCAUGGAACCCACAGAACUGAUGCUCCCAAAUCUUAAGCAAGUCCCCAAGCCCAACUACAGCUGGUACAACUUCCCCUACCCCGAAGACGUCGAAGAGGCAUAUGAGCGUCUUGCCGCCUACGUCGAGUCCGAAGGUCCUUUCGAUGGCAUCUGGGGCUUCUCCCAGGGCGGUUCUAUGGCUGCACUUCUUCUUCUAAUGCACCAAGCCGAGCACCCCGAUACACCAUACCCUUUCAAGAUGGCCAUCUUCACAUCAGCGUUCCUUCCCCAUUCCUUUGACAAUGGUGUUAUCAGUUGGGAUCUCACAGAGAAGAACACCCUUGAGCCGACGUACCUUCCCGGACGAAUCGAUGUUUCUCGCGGCAAGAAGUUGGACUGGAAGAAAGAUCUUCACACCUCGAUUGAGUAUGACAUGAUCAACGCUGUCAAAGAUGAACUUGACUUUCCCGUUGAUCUACUCCUUCGAUGGAGACCUAGUGAUAUCCCGGAGAAGAUCUCAGUACCUUCUGUUCACGUUCGUGGCUUGAAAGAUCACUACUCAUUCGUCGAUGAAUCGGUGUACGAGUUGUUUGAUCCUGAUGUGGCGAGGAAGAUGACACAUCGGGGCGGACAUAACUUCCCCAGGUACAAUGAGGAGUUGGUACACUUUGCAGAGUUGAUUAUUGAGACGGUUGUUUCUCUUCACUAGGGGAUUAUGGUUGUUUUCUUAUGUUAAUGCUGCUGGAUGGCUGAUUGCAAAAGAAAAGUUUCAGAAUUGUUAUGGGAUAUGAUAGAUUAUUUCUUUGACUUAGACUUCAGACAGUAAGUUGGAAUUGUUUCUUGAUAUCAU